UCAAGUAGGUUAGAGCCACUAAUUAGUAUGCAUGUCAGUAGGAACUUUACAGGAAUGCAUAAGUCAAUUCAGCGUUAACUGAUUUUAAGGCCUUGCGUAUUCUUCUUAAGAGUGUUCAUCGCUAACGCCGCAGUUACAGUAGUAUGGCCGCUCGGAACCUGCUUCGGCUGGGUCUCGUGGGAGGGUCUGGUGCUGCAGCUGUGUAUAAUAAAGAUGAAGUGCAAACGGCAGCCAUUGGUGCAGUGAGGUUUGGUAGAGCUGCCAUAACUGUAUCGAAGAUUGUGGCAGAUUAUCGAAUGACUCUUUAUUCUGGAAGUAUUACACCAGAGUCAGAGAAUUAUGGAGAAGUCAAGUCACAGACACACUUGAGAGCAGCUAACCAGUUGUUGGAUUUGUGCUGUGCCAAUGGAGGGGCUUUUGUAAAGGUAGGGCAGCAUUUAGGGUCGUUAGAAUACUUGCUGCCAGUUGAGUAUGUCAACACCAUGAAAGUGCUACAUUCAAAUGCACCAGAGUCUCCAUUGGAAGAUAUUUUUCAAGUCAUUGAGGAAGAAUUGAAAUAUAGUGUUAAAGAUUUGUUUGUUGAAUUUGAUCCACGUCCCCUCGGUGCUGCUUCUUUAGCCCAAGUUCACAGAGCUCGUUUGCCUGAUGGCCGAGAGGUUGCAGUUAAAGUACAACACAAAGCAGUCAAAUCUCACUCGAAGGUUGACAUGAAAGGGAUGGAGCUCCUUGUGAAUGUGGUCUCAAAGAUAUUCCCUGACUUCAAUUUCUCUUGGCUGGUGGAAGAAAUGAAGAAAAAUUUGCCCAAGGAACUGGACUUCACCCACGAGGCCAAAAAUGCAGAGAAAGUUGCUGAUCAAUUCAGUCACUUCCCUUGGUUGAAGAUUCCCUCUAUAGAAUGGAGUCUGUCAACAGAUCGAGUUUUGGUCAUGGAGUUUUGUGAGGGAGGGCAAGUCAAUGACCGUAAUUACAUGGUAGAAAAUUCAAUAAACACCAAAGAGGUCUCUGAAAGGAUUGGUCAACUUUAUGCGGAGAUGAUCUUCGUCAAUGGUUACGUUCAUUGUGACCCACAUCCAGGAAAUGUUCUGGUAAAGAAAGUUGAUAAAGAAGCUCAGAUAAUACUGCUUGACCAUGGCCUUUAUACUACCUUAACAGAUGAUUUCCGAACAACUUACAGCAAGUUUUGGCUAAGUAUUUUGAAUGCAAACCUAAAAGAGAUUCAGCGGUAUGGUGAAAAAUUGGGUGUCGGGGAACUUUACGGACUGUUUGCUUGUAUGGUCACUGCUCGCUCAUGGGACUCCAUAUCGAAGGGUAUUGACAAGAAGGCACGAACAUCAGGGGAACAAGAUGAAAUCAAGGCUGAUGCUGCUAAAUAUUUACCAGAGAUAUCAGCUGUUCUAAACAGAGUUCCACGGCAAAUGUUGUUGAUCUUCAAAACUAAUGACCUGCUGCGUGGCAUCGAAUUUUCACUAGAUACUCAAGACAGCAUGAAAUCUUUCAUCACAAUGUCAAGGUAUUGCAUCAAGAGCGUCUUCUCUCAUCAGCGACUCCUUUGCAAUUCAUUGGGUUGCAGCAUCAGAGCAAACUUGGGUGAAUUUUGGGAGCAGUUCAAAAUUUCUGUCUAUACUAUUUAUCUGUGGUAUCUCAGGUCUAGCAUUAAUAAGUACAUUCAAGAAAAUUGGCUAAGUUCCAAAGAUGGAAUCAAGCUAAAAUUUUUAUGAUAAAUAUUAAUUUGUAUAUAUUGUAGUUGUUGUUAGUAUUAGUAUACUAGUAUUUUAUUUUUGUUCUUUUUAUAACAAAGUGUAGUAAAUAUUUAUUUACCAUAAGUUGUAAAUGGUUUCUUAUUUUGUUACAAGGUUUUCCAAAUAUAGAUGUUUUUAAACACAAAUGCAACCAGUUUACUUAUACUUAAUCCUGCAGUCCCUCAGCAUCAGACACACACACACCACAGUUCAUAGAAGAAAGCACUCAUUUGCCAAGCAUACAUCCAGGCACCACAACACUACUUUGAACGAGUCAUUCUCUUGUGUGUUUAACAAAUGUUCAUAUAUUUACAGCUCUCAUAACUUAUAUAGUACAGUAUUCAUAAUUCAUUUACAUCCAUUAAUCUAUGUUAUCUAAUGUUCACUAUCUUCCUUUCCUCUCCCAUGAAUAAAUUACUAUUUUCUUGUAGGUAGCACUUGAAGUGAGAAGGCAACAUGUUGGUUUUCUGUAAGUGUCUGUUAGAAGUGACAUUGAUGACCAUUAUAUAAGUGCUCUACUGCCAUCUGCUUUAACAACUAUCUCUUUAAUUUUGAGUUUACCUUUUUAGCUUAUUACUGUCAUUUGGUAUGGAAUAUUUGUUUUCUAUAACUUUUUCUUUACACAUCUACAAUAAGUCUUUAGUAAUUGCAGUAUUCAUCACAGUUCGAAUAUUGCUGUUUCUUGUUUGAUGUUCUACCAUGUUGAAGAGUUGACAGAUAUUUAUGAAAGGUUCUCAUUGUUACCAUAGGUUAGCAAAUUUAGGAAAAGAUCCCCAUUUAUUGCACAGUAUACUUGGUGGGCCAAGUAUGUUCUUUUGAGCUAACAAGAUAAGUGUCUAAGGAUUUGCCAUAAUCACAAAGGAUUUUUAUGGUUGGAGGCAAAGGUAUAGAAUCUCUAAAGGGGUGGAGUAUGUCAUCUUCAGACUCCUCUAAAACCUCUUCAGGUUCAGCAGUCAAUGCUAUUGCAGUGAGCCAGGUCUACUGCAAAGGUCUAUAGGGAUGUUCCUCUGGAGGGUCUACUACUUACCAUGACUACUGUGUUAGCAGAGCCAGUUGCUGAUUUGCCUAACCAAGUUGCCACACCAUGACAUAACAUUGUUUCAGCUGUUUCAGAACAAAUGUAGGUAAUACAUUUUCAUGUUGCCUCCUAAAGCCACAUUUCUUCUUUUUUAAAAGUAGAUCACUUUAUCACCUCUCAAGAGUGCUGGCAGAAUAAAGAACCACCACCUACCAGCUUCAGGUUGCUCUUGUGGCCUUAUAGUCAUGCUGGUGAUGGAAAUAUUCCAGUUUCAGGCAGCAGUAAUGAGUUAUAUUGUUCUUGUAAUAAAAUAAGCAAAGUUAGUCAACAUUGACAAGUAGUCAUGAGUACUAGAGAUUCAAGAGGCUCCAGUGAGCUUUAGAGGAAUUGACAGGCGAUCUUUUAGGCUUUUACCAUUGCCAGUAACUGAGCUCAGUCCUUUUUACUUUUACUGGAUCCUUUCUUCCAUCCGAAUUGUAACAACAACCUCUGUCUGUAGGUCCAUCAUGAAGGGAGACUUCCUAGCAUCUGUCAAUCUUGAGAUGCUUAUUUCAGAGUUCAAGUACAUCUCUCCAGGAUAUAUUUCAGGUAUGGUGGCUAGAGUCGUGGCUUGCCGCUCAGAUGUUGUGGGUUUCCCUCCCCCAGGCUGAUGAAUAAUUACUGGUUCUGUAUCAAGAUCCAUUAAUACUACUGUUUUGGAUCUGUGGUGGGAGGUUGAAACCAACAUUCUUUGGAAGUUUGAAUUUUAGUCAGUGGCCCCCUAUGUGCUUGUUCUUUGUGAAUAGGUUUCAUCUAUUGAAAUAAUAAUAAGAUGAAGGUUUACCAGUUUUGUCUCUUCGUUUGGCUGUUAAUAGGUCUACAAAUUUCACUGGAAUAAUAGGCCCGGGAGUUUCUGCAGAUGCCAGGUCUCCCUUCAGAGGUAUGGAAAAAGAGUACUAGACCACAUGUGAUUGUUAGAAAAGCUUGUAUAGCUCAUGACUUUUGAAUAUAAGUUGUUGGACGAAUACCAACAUCCUAUUGUGAUGGGUUCCCUUAACCCCUAUUGUCUUCAGACCUGCUCCUGCACAGAAGCGUUGAGAGGAGAGUGGGAAGCUCAUUUGUCAGAUUAGAUGAUAUCCAAUUUUUGGUAAGAUUAAGAGAGGCCAAUUUUUGGUAAGAUUAGGAGAGGAAUCUCCAUAUAAAUCUCCUAGAUUUGACAGUUGUGCAAAUAUCACCAAUAAGUUUGUCAGGCCUCUUAGAAGGCAAAGUAUUUAGCAUCAUAUCAGACAAUGCAACAAUAGUGGUCAUAAUGAAAAAUGAAAAGGUAAAAAAAUCUCUUACCAUGUGCCAGCUGUUAUAGAGGUCCUAAUAUGGGCCAAGGACAGGAACACAACCAUAUUCUCCAGAUAUGUUCCAAGGAAGAGGAAUGACAUAGACUUUCUUAGAAGGAAGAACCAUUUUCUAAUAGCAGUGUGGGUAUCACAUCUGGUUGGUCAUUCCAUCCAGAGAUCUACUAGAAAUUGCGGUGGUCUUUAUGUUAGAUCUUUUGACAUCUUGCCACAGAGAAAAGCUGGCAAAUUAUUGCUAAGUCUCCUCAGAUCUGGUAGUCUGGAUUAACAGUGGCCUCGUGAUCCCCUUGGACAGCCUUAAGGCAAAUGCAUUUUCUUCAUUUUGCCUGAAUAGGCUGGUCCUAAACAAAAGAUCAUUCAAAUCGACAGUGACAAUGAUUGCUCCACUUUGGCCCCAGCAGGAAUUGUGCCAAACCUAUUGUCACUUCUGGUAAACAGGAGAUAUUACUAGAACAUAGACCAUCUCAACUAUUACAUUUGGAGGUUAUCCAAGGAUACCUCUUUAAGGGAGUGCUGUUUGAGAUAGCAGCUGAGGUUAUUGCCAGAACAGGAAGAACCUGUACAACAAGACUUUACUAAGCCAACGGGAGGGUAUUCUUUAACUGGUGGCACUGUUGGGAUCCCCUCAAUGCCUCUACAUGUAUUCCCAUAGUAGCAGACUUUAAACUGUAUUUGAAGUGAUAAAGGAGGUAAUCUUUUCAUCCAUUUAAGGUUACAGAUCUUUCUACCAUAUCCCAGGUGUUUGAAACUAGAGGAAUUGAUUGAAAUUCUUCAAGAAAACAUACUACGUACAUAGUUCUUCAAGAAAACUCAAAUGUGUCAAGGCGUUGAUAGUUAUACUCCUUGUAGACAACUAAAGCAUCUGUAUUGGAACAUAAUCUUAGUACUAAGUAUUUGUCACCCCCAGUACUUGAAUCUCCAGAUAAAUCAUCUCAAUGGAGACUAACUUUAAAGUCAGUGGUCAUGCUAGCACUGGCUCGAGCUGUGCCAUAUUUUGUGGUUCUCUCUCUACUAACUAUUGAGGGGAAAGAAAAGAGCCUUACCUUAUACCCUGUCAGACCCUUAAGAUUGUAUCUUGUGAAGACAAAGUGUUACUCUGAAGGAGGUUUGCGCCUUUUUUUCUUCUGCUACAACUGGGAAGUCUAAAGUCUGUAUCCUUUUGGCUAACUGUUAAUGGUACAAGCAUCUUAUAUGAGUUAAGCAUAAUGAUGUUCAGUAGCUUUUAUAAGGGACAUAUAACCUGAAACUUGAAACUAUUAUUAUAAAUAUUAUACUUUGAUGGGAUCACCCAGGACAUGUAUGAAGUUUAAGGGACUUGGUAGGUAAGUUCUUUAAUGUCUUCAAUUUUGUUCAAAUGGACUUACUGUGGCAGCAGGCCAAGCCAUAACUGUCCUUAUUGAGGUAAUACCCUCCUAUUUCUUGUCCCUCAUCCUCAAAAAAUACUCUUUCUUCUCAUAAGCCAUAGCAUUCCAGGGUAAUUGCAGCUUUGUCUUAUGAAGCUGGUUCGUUCAACCUAUUUGCUUCAGCCAUGUGUAAAAGAAAUUCUAGAAUUUACAAACAAAGACCUUAGUAACAAAGAUUUCAACUCACUUCAUAACAUCAUGUUAGUCUUGAGGACUCUUGCCUAAUCAUAAUCACUCAAAAACAUGCCUACUGCAGUUCUGUGGUGAAAAUUAGCUACAUAUUAUGAAGCCUUUUCUCUCAAGUUUCUAUUUCUACUCAGGCAGUGCAUACUGAUGGGAUCUGAGUAAAACAGGGGUAACUUUUGUCAAUGAAAAUGAUCUGUUGAUACAAACUUAUCCUUUUGUUACAAGACUAUACACAUGAGAAUGACUUGUUCACAGGGUGUGCCUUGCUGAUGGGGAAGUGUUUUCUGUUAUUGUGGUGUGUCUGGAGUUGCUGGACUACAAGAUUAGGCAUAUAUGAAAUAAUAUUAAAAGAGCUUAUGUCGACAAAAAUGUCAUAUUUUGAAAGCUUACAAAGUGCAAUAGUAUUAGUUUUUACAGUUCUUCAAAUACUUGUUUUGCUGAGGGCCUACUAAAUGCAGUUAGUGCUAAGUUUGUAAUGUAGGUGCAGUAGACAGAUUCCCAAACAAGCCUGCUACCUCAUCAUCUUAGAACCAUAUUUUUUUAGUCUUGUGGUGGUGCUGUAGCUGUAAAUGGCCAUUUUUAUCAUCAUUUUCUCUUUAGAGCAAACAGCUAAUUAGUUAAAUGUUCAAUAAAAUGUAAAGAAAUUUUUUUAUGCCUUAUGAAUAGUAUUAUUGUGUAUCAGGUCUUCAGCUCCAGCUGUAUUGCUUUCUGCCUUUCACUUAUUAAUUUAUUCCCUUUGGCCCCAUCCCACCUAGCUGUCCAACUUUUUAAACUUUGACCUUGCCCCAGUUUUCACAUUUUAUUCAAGAGCAAAUCUUCAUGCUAGGCAUAUGAGAGACCAAUAAGGACUUGGUCUUGUGUAUUAAAUGUAUUAAAUCAUCCUCGUCCUCAUUGUUCUAAAUAUAUCUUCAUCUUUCCUGUUCUAAAUAUUUUGGAAACCAUCUACACCUAUUGUAUGAAAAAAUUACCAAAGGGAGAAUUUAGCUAUUUUAUUCUUAUUUUUUAAUUGAAAAUGAAAUUUUGGUGGAUUUUUAAGUUAAUUUGUUACUCUAAGUAAAGGUUUUGGAAUCCAUUUUAUAAUGCCCAGUCCACACUAGCAGACACUGCGCGACAGGCAAAAACUCUUCCCAUAACCCGUUCCACUAUACUGACUGACCAGGUAUGGAGCCAGAACGAUGAGAUUGCCUGGUAACACUGCUUCAGAAGAGAGAAAAUAUAAAUAUAACUGGAAGUGCCCGACGGGCAUUCCCACUAGUUGGACAGGCCUUAGAUGUAACCUAAUUUCAUGUGUAGAUGUAUAUUAUAGUAUGAACCCCUCCCAGCUUUCUAGCAUGUGGCAAUCAUUGUGCCCUUCACUCUGUGACAUCAUUUAUGUCAUUUCAUUUAGCAAGACCUGUAUGCAAUAUAAGUGAUCCAGUGGUUUGGGCCAGAUCCAUAUGCUUUCAAAGCUAUACAGCCAAAGCCAGCUAGAAAAAAGACAAAUCAGUACAAUAUAGUAACUAGUAUUUGCAUGUAAAUAUAAGAUGCACAAAAGCACUAGGUAAAUUGUGUAAAUUUUUUCAGUGCUGUUGUAAAUGUGCUCUUUCUUCUUUUAUAACCAUAAGUUUUAGCCUUGGGUGACUCAGAUUUUGAGAACAAGUCCUUCACUAUAUCAUAUGGUAAUUGUGACAAGAAGUCACUUUGUGUCUUGCUAGGCAAUCAGAAAAAGGGUAUUAAAGCAGUUAUUGGUAAAGAAUAACCAUCUUUUGUAGCUUUAGUUUUACAGACUGUCUUCCAUUUAGGCACAUCUAAGUGAAUUAACAUUAGUACAACAUUCAGGACGUACUGUAUGAACAAUUUUGCAUGCCCUGUGCUGCCAUCCGAACCUCAGUAAGGUUUAAUUUGACAUUUGAAAUUAAGCUCCUGUCACUUCUUGCCUAAGUGAUAUGUACGUACUCUUGAUAUUGCUGAUCUUUUCCUGUAGUUUUUACUAUCUAAUGCAAAUAAGAAAAGAGAGUUAAAAAGUUUUAAGACAUCAAAGGUGAAUAAAUUAGCCAGGAUCAGAAAAUGCAGGAUUAUUCAAACUCCUAGAAAAUAAAAACGGAGUGGAAAAUUGCUCAAAGCUGUAAAUUCUGGUGUAUUUUAAUAUUCAUCAGGUCAGGGCUAGGUAAGGCUUAGUAUAGUCCUUUCAAACUUUCAGAAACUAGUAACAUUAGAACGGUUUUAUUUUUGACCAAUUUUUUCUACAUUUAUAUUUGUGUGUUUAAUUUUCAGCCAACUGUUUUCUGCAUAUUUUUACACUAGGUAUCACUGUUAGUUUAUGUUUUUAUUUUCCCAUUUUGCAGUUUAGCUUAAAGUGGUUUUAGUAUAAUGUAGUCGGGAAAUUUAGCAUUCUUAGAUUAAUUUUUUUUACCAUCACAGUACGUACACAUUAUUACAUAUGCUUUAAAGCUUUAUUUAUUUUUUUUUUUAUUACAUUAUGGCUAUGAGAACAUACAAAAACUGUAUGUUUAGGCAGAGUAGGUCAUAAAGUUAGAAUUGGCAAUGUAUAACUGAAAACUCCAACUGGAAAUGUAUCUUGAAAUUUCAAGUUAAUGGAAAAAUUCAUUUAAAUGGAGAUCUGAAAAACAAACUAUUUAUUUCAGACGGUAGGAGGCUAUUGGGCAAACACUGGGUGUUAGACACAUGACUCUAUACACCACUGCAUAUAUAUAUGCUUUGUACCCUGCAUUUUAAUUUAACUUAGUGCUAAUUUACAUUACAGGUUUAGUGUGGUCAGCUGUUGUGCAGCAUAGUAUUACAAAUUAAUUUUAACUUAGCUUGAUGUUAUGUAAGGGUAGAUUAUAAAAAACUGGCCAAAGUUUAACUAUGGAGUCAUGUACUGUUCUUUCCAUCCAUAUUUCAAAGGCAAUGUACUUAUUUCAGAGGCACUGUACUUAAAAUGUUUUUUCAGACAUGCAAAUUCUGUAUAAAACUCAGAUCCAGCAACAGACCUGCAAAUUCUGUAUAUAAAACUCACAGAUCCAGCAAGAAUUGUGUUAGUACAUAGAUGCAAGCUAAUUUGGAUUAUCCCCCCAACGUAUGAAUUUUUUUUUUUAAUGUAAUUUUGGUUUUAAUAUACUGUACACCAAAACUUCUGCAGAUAAGCAGGGUGAUUAUUAAAUUAUGUGAUAGCAGGUUGUACAAAAGUUACUUUAGUAUAGAACUGUGCAGUAAUUUAAUAUGGUCACGAAUAUUUUAAGUCAAUUAAAAAAUGUAAAUUUGUUCGCUGAACUCAGAUGGGAACCCCUGUAUGUAAAGGCCUGUCCACACAAGAGAGCAUGCCUGUCAGGCACUUCCAGAUGUAAUAAUUUCUCACUUCUGAAGCAGCUUCAGUGUUACCAGACAAUCUCAUCGUUCUGGCCCCACACUCGGUCAGUCAGUAGUAUACUGGAACAGGUUAUGGGAACAGCGUUUGCCCGUUGGGCAGUGCCUGAUAGUGUGGGGACAGGGCUUAAGGCCUGUCCACAAGACCGGGCCUGGUCGGCGGACCUCCCCUCUUAACGGGCAAACCAUCAAAUUGCCAGAUGGGUCUUGUAGCAAAAUCACCAUGGUGGUGCCCGAUGGCUUGAGCUUUGACCCUGGCAGACAUACGUUAACCAUAUACUACAUUUCUUUUACCGAGCCAUUCUUUGCACCGCAUUCUCUUCGUUUUCAUCACACACAAAGCAAUUAUUGUGCUACACUAUCUUCUUUGCGGUAGGCACCAUGUUUAUCGUACCGCACUGAACACACUACGUACUGGCAUUGUCGGGCCCGCCCACCUCUCCAUUGCCUCAACUGUGUGUACAACAUUCACGGGUAAGCCCGCCAGAAUUUGCCCGUCAACCCCGGAGUACGCCGAUCAGGCCCGCUCGUGUGGACAGGCCUUUAAGGUUAUGACAAAGGGUGUGUAUAGCAGUAAUGAACAAUAUCUCAAAGUUUGGUUUUAUCAUUACAGUCAAGUAGUUUCUUGCUGAAAGGAACCCAUUUUAGGACAAUGUAGUACUCUACCAGAAUGGUCAAGAAUAUUUCAUUGUUCUUGGGAAUUUAAUAACUGGAAUUGUCAAGAAUAUUUCAUUGUCCUGGAAAUUUAAUGUUUUUAUGUUUCCAGAUUUAGUGAUUGAUGUUUGGGUUUCCAAUUAAGACCUGGUGCAUUGAGUUUUAAAAUUAUAUAUGGUGCUUCUUGUUGUAAGGCCACACACACACACACACACAUACUGCAAACUUCAAUGUAAAUUUAAGUAUUUCUUCUCUGAACUGGCAAGAUAAUCAUGUUUCACAUUCUUAAGACUGUGUUAAUAUUAUACAUUAGGAGUGAGUAAUUGCAGCAUUUUAAAAAAUGGUUCAGGCUCUCAUGCAGUUAUUAGAACAACAAUGUACAAAAAAUUUAAAUAUGGGAUUUAUGUACUCUUCUCUUGGUCCUUGAAUGUAAGCUCAAUCUCAGUUUUUGUUUUUUCUGCGCAAUUUAUGUACAUAUAGAAUUUACUAGGUUUUAAGAUGGUUAAAUAGUU